GUGUCAACCAUCACAUCAUCCUGCAGGGUUAGUGCGCAUCCACCAAGUACAAAAGUGUCAAGCAUCAUGUCAUGCUGAGGGGGUUAGUGUGUUAGUGAGCAUUCAUCAACCCCCUCGUUCUCGACCCCCAUGCCCCCAAGCACCUAAGUGUCAAGCAUGACACCAUCCAAGGAACGUAUAGUCGGGUAUCAAGCACGAUACUUACCAAAAAGACCAUCUAGACUCCGUGGAUAUCCUCAAGGCAUUGAGCAUCGAGGUACUCGAGAUCGAUGUGUCAAGUUGGCGACCUACUCAUCAUGACGACAACCCCCCCCCCCCCUCCUAAGCGUGUUACCCUCACAUGUCCAGCAUGACAGACUAUCUAGGUGUUAAACACGAGGCGCCCAUUUAAGUAGUCAUCACGUCACAUUCCAUCAAGCCUCCAAACACACAAGUCUAUCUAGUAAGGUAUCAGAACAAGCAGUCAAGCAAGAUACCUCCUUGACAAAGACUACCCAUCAAGCACGUUAUGAAGUCUUCAAGCCGUCAAAGUAUCAAGUGACUAACACAGAAGGAUGAUGAGUUAGAGAAUCAAGCAAGCUACAUCAAGUACUAUGACUGUUGGAGGAGUAUUACCGAGGAGGUUACACCAAAUGGCUAUCAAUAGGAGAAACGAAGACUAGAAAAUGGUUUAGAAAACCACAACUCCUACACAGGUCAAGUUUAUAUUUUUCCAUGCAAAGUACCCAUAUGCAGUUUCCAGAUCUCUCACUGAACCUCCAUACGAGUACAUAAUAAUUUAACAUAGCUUGUUCCUAAAAAAAAAAAACUCUAUCAAAUACAUCAAACACUGUCGUUCGAACAUUGUUUAGAGAGAUGUAAACUAUGUAAUUAAUCAAUAUCCAAAGAAUUCAAGGUACAAUCUAUUAUUAUCAAACAUAAGUCCCUCGUCGAAAUGCACAUGCUUUAUGUUUCAAAUUGUAAACUCAUUAAUUUCCAUAUCCACUAUUUUUUAGUUUGGUUCUUAAUCAUGCUAAUCAUUUAUGGACCUGAUAUAAAAACAACAUAAUAAAAGUUCUCAACAAAACAUUAGAAAUCAAAAUAAAGAAAAAUAUCACCAAGGCAGAGAGCUUUAUUUGUUGCAUAUUUCGCACUUUCAAUAUCUAAUCCUAAUUGGCGGCUGCGGUAAAUCCUUUCUUUUGGAUGGUUUUCUCCCGUCCUUGUUCAAAAUCGAGCAAAAGUAAAGACAAAUUUUGGAGGGAGGGAGAAAGAGGGUAAAGAGAAAGGAGGGAGGGGAGAGGGGGUAAACAGAGGGAUAAAAAAUUUGGGUUUCUUAACCUAUGUACAUUGCAUACUAUAUCUAUUCUCUGUUGAUUCAACUUAUUCUUUCUUCUUCUUAUUUUUACCAUCCCUUGUUCUUUUCUUGGUUGGACGUUCUUUCUUUCAAUCGGGCAAUCUCUCUUGUUUUAUUUAUUUUUGUACAUAAUUCAUUUUGCAUUAUAGAUGUUAGCACAAUGUCGGGAUCUGAUCAAAGUUCAAGCAACUCACCUUAUUACAUGACUCGACGGCGGGUUGGGGAUUUUUUAGAAUCCCAGGACCAUAAUGGCAUCAUCGGCGGAGGGUCAGGUGCGUCUGGUGGAGGAGAGAAAAGAAUGAUGAAUAAUAAAUUGACGGAGCUGCUGAAGCGACGUAUGGGGAGAAAGGGCACGUUUGGGGUAUUGUUACUAAUGGCAUUCUUAACAAUGUUGGCGAAAUUCCCCCUCUUGCACACCCUCCAAAACAUGGAAUCAGGUUAUGGAUUCAUCAUGGCGGGUAGCCAACGACUUGAGAUUGGUCUCACGAACGAGACUUCUACAACAGGUAGUGUCGAGAAGUUAUUGAAGACGCCGCAGAAGUUCUUGAUUUCAGACAUAUGGGAGAAACCUAACGGUGAAAACCUCUACAAAUGCAUUAACCGGUCAAAAAAUGACGAGAGGAAUACAGCUACGACCACCAAUGGGUACCUUGAAGUUCACGCUAAUGGUGGAUUGAACCAAAUGAAAGCUGGGAUCAGUGAUAUGGUAGCCAUAGCCAAACUAAUGAAUGCCACUUUGGUUCUUCCUUCUCUCGACCACUCUUCUUACUGGACGGAUCCAAGUGGUUUUAAAGACAUUUUCGAUGUCGGCCACUUCGUUGAGGUCUUGAAAGACGAUAUCGAGAUUGUGGAGUCAGUUCCUCGAGAACUCGAUGGGGUAACGCCAUUGGAGAAACCGCCAGUUUCGUGGUCCAAGCCUGCGUAUUACAGAAACCAUAUGGCUAGCCUGCUGAGAAAGCAUAAGGUGAUCAGGUUCACUCAUUCUGAUUCUCGACUCGCCAACAAUGGCCUUUCUGCCUCCAUUCAAAGACUACGUUGUCGCUCCAUGUACGAGGCCCUCAAAUUCAGGGAAGGAAUUGCAGAUCUCGGGAGGAAGCUGGUUGAUAGGAUCCGGGGUAAACAACAACAACGUUUCAUAGCUCUUCACUUGAGAUAUGAAAAGGACAUGUUAGCUUUCACUGGAUGCAGUCACAACCUUACAAAAGCAGAGGACGAGGAUCUAUUAGCCAUGAGAUUAAGCACAACCCACUGGAAGCACAAACACAUCAACGGCACAGCAAAAAGGCUAGAAGGGAAUUGCCCCAUGACACCCAGAGAGGUGGCCGUUUUCCUUGAAGCCUUAGGGUAUCCUUCUGAUACACAGAUUUACAUAGUUGCAGGGAAGAUCUACGGCCAGAACGGACUUGAUGCACUCAAGGAGAAGUAUCCGAAUGUGCACACUCAUUUCAGUCUAGCAACAGAAGAGGAGAUGGAGAGCUUUAGGAAUAGACAGAAUCAGCUGGCCGCCAUUGACUACAUCGUUGCCAUCGAGAGCGAUGUUUUUCUGUAUAGCUAUGAUGGUAACAUGGCUAAAGUAGCCACCGGUCACCGGAGAUUUGAAGGGUUUCGGAAGACCAUCAGCCCUGACAAAUACAAAUUUGUGAGAUUGAUCGACAAGCUGGACAAGGGUCUGAUACCAUGGGACGAAUUUGCAAGCAAAGUGCAAGAGUUGCAUAAGAACAGGACUGGGGCUCCGUCGCCCAGACACCCAGGGCGUUCCUCCAAACAUGAGGAGAACUUCUAUGCAAACCCUUUUCCCGGUUGCAUAUGUGAAAGGACACGAGAAAACGAAAGGCUUAAUGACCUAAGAUAGGGUAUGAUAAAAAUGUAAGCUAGCAAAUUUUUUUACUUCUUACAUUUGUAGAUUAACUUAACCAGUAAAGCUAGCACAAAGGUGUUGUUGUAUUGGCGUUUGAUCAAUGAUAAUUGCUCAAAGUAGGAUGAAGUCUUCCAGUAAAAACAACAGUUGCUUUUGGUAUAAACUAAAUCAUGGACACCAACCAAAUGAAUCAAAUGCUAGCCUAAACUACACAAUAGAUGUAAAGUAUUCCA